AUGAUGACAACAUCAAGUUGGUAUCAGUCUACAACAAUGAGUAGUAGACAUAUUCCAAUGUCAGAUUCGACAGAUAUACUUCCAACAUCAAGUGGAGGAACAGGUGGAGGUGGUGGUCUAGAUGAUUCACAACAAUCAAUACAACAGCAACAACAACAGCAACUGGAUAUUAAUAUGGAUUGUUUGAAUAUUGUAGAGAUGACAGAGGAGUUAAAGAAGAAAUUGGAUCAACUAAAGGCUGGACUGGAGUCGAAUAACAUGUUGGUCAUACUAGACGCAAUUACAAAUGUUAGAUCAAUGACUAUGUUGGGUGGUUUGAAUAACAGUUCCAAUGGCAUGAGCAGUAGCAAUAGCAAUAGCAAUACCAACGGCAACAGCAACGGCAAUGGCGUUGGCAAUGGAGGUGGCAAUAAUGGAUUGAGUCACAGCAAGAAAAUAUCAUUGGAGAUUAUAGACACUAUUGUACAGACAGGCCUGAUAUCAAGGCUGGUGGCACUACUCUCCUUGGACUCACCAGCUCUGUUGUUCGAGGUCAUAUGGACAUUAACAAGUAUAACUAGGGCCAGUGUGGAUUAUGCGACGAUCGUUGUUAAUUCUGGCGCAAUACCACCGCUGAUAAGGAUAAUGGUCAACUCGGAGGAUGAUGUGAUGGAACAAUCAUUAUUUGCAUUGGGCACGAUUGCUGAGAGUUCACCAAUGUUUCGUGAUGCACUACUGCAUCAGACAGAGGUGCUCUCGCUCCUCGUCGGUCUGCUGACACAACAGCCAACCAAGCGUCUGGGAGUACUGCGGUGUGUCAUGUGGACCCUGUCAACACUAUGCGGCGGCAAGCCCUAUCCAUCGUUCGAGAGACUGCGGCCACUGCUACCUCUUCUGUAUAAUAUAUUGGCCAGUGCCAAGGACCAACAGAUACUGGGCGAGGCCCUGAUGUGUCUGUCCUACAUGACACGAGGCAACAAUCAAGAGAUAUCGAUCGUGGCCACUUCAUUCGACUUUGUUCCGAGGAUAUUAGAUUGUAUGAAUGUCUCGACCGACAAGUGUAUAUUAACUCCAGCCAUCAGGACGUUUGGCAACAUCGUAGCGGGCGAUCACAACGUCACAAUGUUGGCAAUGUCCUAUAAUCCACUGCCUACAAUCUAUCGUCUGCUUCAAAACAACGACGCAUCAAUACGCAAAGAGAUGUCAUGGAUUGUCAGCAACAUAGUAGUUGGUGGACCCGAACUAAUCCAACGCGUGGUCGAUGCCAACAUCAUGCCAAUAAUAGUUAACUCACUACAAUACGAUGACUAUGCCAUCAAGAAGGAGUGUCUUUGGAUCAUAUCCAAUCUGAUAGAGUAUGGCAAUGAGGAUCAGAUUAGGUAUCUUGUGGAACUUGGAUGUAUACAGUCUAUUGGACAGAUGAUGUGCCAGGACUUGGAGUUGGUGGUGUUGGCGACGUUCAACAAUAUCAUCACACGAUGUCCAGUGGACAGCAAGCGAUAUAUAGAGAUGAUCAAGGAGUGUGGCGCAUUGGUCUACUUUGAGAACAGGGUCAAGAGUGAUGAAGGCCAACUCUCAAUCUCCUCCAAAGAGGUGUUGAUGAACUUCUUCAAUGCGACAAUCUUUGCCUCCUCAAGAGACACAGACAGUUAG